GUCGGCCAAUCGCGGGGAGGGGAGGGCGUUGGCCAGCUUGGCGCUGGCUCCCGGAAUAUGGAGCGGUCGGCUUGGGGGCGGCGUGUCAGGUGGCUACGGACCUGCUAAGAAUCAUAUUCUAAGAAUUCAGCUACUCAGGUAUCCACCAUGGUGUUGGGUCUUGAACAGAAGAUGUCAGAUGACAGCGUUUCUGGAGAUCAUGGGGAGUCUGCCUGUCUUGGUACCGUCAACAGUGUCUAUGGUAAUCCCUCUCUUCCACAGUCCCCUGGGGACUCAGAGGAGUACUUCGCCACUUACUUUAAUGAGAAGAUCUCCAUUCCUGAGGAGGAGUACUCUUGUUUUAGCUUUCGUAAACUCUGGGCUUUCACCGGACCAGGCUUUCUUAUGAGCAUUGCCUACCUGGAUCCAGGAAAUAUUGAAUCCGAUUUGCAGUCUGGAGCAGUGGCUGGAUUUAAGUUGCUCUGGAUCCUUCUGUUGUCCACCCUUGUGGGGCUGCUGCUCCAGCGGCUUGCAGCUAGACUGGGAGUGGUCACUGGGCUGCAUCUUGCUGAAGUAUGUCACCGUCAGUAUCCCAAGGUCCCACGGAUCAUCCUGUGGCUGAUGGUGGAGCUGGCUAUCAUCGGCUCAGAUAUGCAAGAAGUCAUUGGCUCAGCCAUUGCCAUCAAUCUUCUGUCUGUAGGAAGGAUUCCUCUGUGGGGUGGCGUUCUCAUCACCAUUGCAGAUACUUUUGUAUUUCUCUUCUUGGACAAAUAUGGCUUGCGGAAGCUCGAAGCGUUUUUUGGCUUUCUCAUCACUAUUAUGGCCCUCACAUUUGGAUAUGAGUAUGUUACAGUGAAACCCAGCCAGAGCCAGGUACUCAAGGGCAUGUUCGUACCAUCCUGUUCAGGCUGUCGCACUUCACAGAUUGAACAGGCUGUGGGCAUCGUGGGAGCUGUCAUCAUGCCACACAACAUGUACCUGCAUUCUGCCUUAGUCAAGUCUAGACAGGUAAACCGGAACAAUAAGCAGGAAGUUCGAGAAGCCAAUAAGUACUUUUUCAUUGAAUCCUGCAUUGCACUCUUUGUUUCCUUCAUCAUCAACGUCUUUGUUGUCUCAGUCUUUGCUGAAGCAUUUUUUGGGAAAACCAACGAGCAGGUGGUUGAAGUCUGUACAAACACCAGCAGUCCUCAUGCUGACCUCUUUCCUAAAGAUAACUCGACAUUGGCUGUGGACAUCUACAAAGGGGGUGUUGUGCUGGGAUGUUACUUUGGGCCUGCUGCACUCUACAUUUGGGCAGUGGGGAUCCUGGCUGCAGGACAGAGCUCCACCAUGACAGGAACCUAUUCUGGCCAGUUUGUCAUGGAGGGAUUCCUGAACCUAAAGUGGUCACGGUUUGCCCGAGUGAUUCUGACUCGCUCUAUUGCCAUCAUCCCCACUCUGCUUGUUGCUGUCUUCCAAGAUGUAGAGCAUCUAACAGGGAUGAAUGACUUCCUGAAUGUUCUACAGAGCUUACAGCUUCCCUUUGCUCUCAUACCCAUCCUCACAUUUACGAGCUUGCGGCCAGUAAUGAGUGACUUUGCCAAUGGACUAGGCUGGCGGAUUGCAGGAGGAAUCUUGGUCCUUAUCAUCUGUUCCAUCAAUAUGUACUUUGUAGUGGUUUAUGUCCAGGACCUAGGGCAUGUGGCAUUGUAUGUGGUGGCUGCUGUGGUCAGCGUGGCUUAUCUGGGCUUUGUGUUCUACUUGGGUUGGCAAUGUUUGAUUGCACUGGGCAUGUCCUUCCUGGACUGUGGGCAUACGUGCCGUCUGGGAUUGACAGCUCAGCCUGAACUCUAUCUUCUGAACACCAUGGAUGCUGACUCACUUGUGUCUAGAUGACUGACAGCCUGAGAGACUCUAUGAGAACACGUUUUUCUAAGCCCUUUUUGUGCCAGGUGUCCUGUUAACAUCUCUGUUAUUUCAGAGGUGAGUUUUGUUCAGACGUUUUGAACAAAAGGCAAAGAUUUCCUCAUGGGAAGGGUGUUCAAAACUGACAGCUAUAAAUGUAGGUCAGAGACCACCCACCUCACAAUAGUCUUACACUCCCAGAGUUAAACAGUUGGCCUCUGAGGGCCACACACCCCUAUGGGCUUGUGUCUUGGACUCUGGGAUUUAAAAGAUAUAUAUGUAUAUAUAUUUAUGUAAACCUGAGCAUCUCAGUUUGGGUAGAGUUUUAAGGUUAUAUGACACUGAUGCUUUUUUUUUUUUUUUUUUUUUUUAAUAUUGUUUCGAUAAAUCAGAUAUUUGUUUUGUCUGGAUCACAAGUGAGAAAGGAAAGAGAAUAAUGCUCUUCUUCACAAUGAACCGGUCAAAUUGACUAUCUUGUAAAGUGAUAUUUUACUAUGUCAGUUAAAUUUCACUUUGAUUUUAAUCAACCAGAUUAUAUCCUUUGUAUCUACUGAUAUUAACACAUCAUAUUAACACAUCAUUUCUUAAAAAACAUUUCUUCUAUUUGGCAAUCAUAAUUAACUCUGGUUAUCAGCCUGUUUCGUAAUUAUUGUCUUUGUUGUCACUUUUCUUGAAUUGUUUUCUAGUCAUUAAACAGAUAUGAAGGCA